GUCUGAACAAGAAACUUAGUAGCAGGUUUAGCUAGGUAAGCGGAACCAUCACCACGAGUAGAGCUGCACAACGCGCUCUAUUGUCAACGUUCGCCCGAAGAAGCUAUCUCAUCGUUGUGCACCUUUUGAUACAUUAUAACUAUUAUCUUCAUUCUACGCGCAUAGAUCUAAUCUCCUCAACACUGGGCAUAUUAACUACAGAAUCCUACGGCAAAAAAUGACAGCGACGGAGACGAGAAACCCCAACAAGCAGCAAAACAGAGAUGCUGUGGUGGCGGAAACGUCUACGAGAGAUGAUGUUUUUGAUGAUAGUUAUAAAGCAAAAGAGGGCCCUAAACCGCCGAUGAGACUGGUGUGGAGAAACAUCAUAUUAAUGAUUUUAUUACAUACUGGAGCGUUUUAUGGACUGAUGCUCGUGCCCUCCGCUUCGACCCUAACUCUGGCUUGGACUGUUGUGUGCUUCUUGCUCAGUGCCCUGGGUAUAACUGCAGGGGCUCACCGCCUCUGGAGUCACAAGUCCUACAAGGCCUCCACCCCUCUCCGAGUCUUCCUGGCCCUUGCCAACUCAAUGGCCUUCCAGAACGACAUUUACGAGUGGGCGAGGGACCACCGGGUUCACCACAAGUACUCCGAGACGGACGCAGACCCCCACAAUGCACUGCGGGGCUUCUUCUUCGCUCACAUUGGCUGGCUGCUCGUCCGCAAAAACCCUGAAGUGAUCGAGAAGGGCAAGAAGCUGGAGCUGACAGACCUGAAGGCAGAUAAAGUAGUCAUGUUCCAGAGAAAGUACUACAAGCUGUCUGUGGUCCUGCUGUGUUUCCUGGUGCCCAUGUGGGUGCCCUGGUACCUGUGGGGUGAGUCCCUGUGGGUGGGCUACUUCAUCCCGGGCCUCAUGCGGUACACCCUGGUGCUGAACGCUACCUGGCUGGUCAACUCUGCAGCUCACAUGUGGGGCAACCGACCCUACGACCAUAACAUCAACCCCAGUGAGAACCGUUUCGUGGCCUUUAGUGCCAUCGGCGAGGGCUUCCACAACUACCACCACACCUUCCCCUUCGACUACGCCACCAGUGAGUUCGGCAUUAAAAUGAACAUCACCACCGCCUUCAUAGACCUCAUGUGUUUCCUGGGUCUGGCCAAGGACUGCAAGAGGGUGUCCCGCGACCUUGUCUCAGCCCGCGCCCAGCGAACAGGUGACGGCAGCCACAAGACUGGCUGAGUAAUGUUGUCUCAACCAUCUCAAACCGUUACGGACUCGAUGCGACUGAUACCAGAUACGAUAACAGGCUAAACCAAUGAAAGAAUGUAGCUGUAGUAAAUUGCAGUAUUGAUGAUGGAGUUAGUAGUGCUGCAGUUAGUAGUGAUCAGACCAUGGUCCAUUGAUGUCUCUGCUUCUGUAUUAUGAGUUAAAAACCUAUACUUGAGUUCCUCCGAUUAAUAUUGGCUUUAAAACGGUCCUAGACCUUUCAGUAAAGUGUUUAUAUUUUAUUUUCUGUUUUUGAAAUGAAUGAUGCGUGAGGUGAGUAUUAGCCAAAGUGAUCUAAUGGCUUGGCUAAGCUAGGCAUGUUAGCACAGAUUUAAAGAGUCUAAGUCACUUGAUCGGUGGAUAAACCUGAAGCGGCGAUGGAUGCCGUAAUGCGUGAAACUAUUACACCAACCAAACUACCUGCCUGUGCCAUCUGCACCAACAAUGAAGAUGGGAGAACAUUAACCUCUAAUUUAUUCAUGAGCUAUUAUUAAUUAACCCUCUGUGGCACUUUUGAAAUUGUGAGAAAAAAAAAAGUUAGAGGUUUCUUCACAUUUAGUCUAAGUAGGUGAAAUUUGUUUUGAUCAUUUCGAUUUCAAUUCGGGCUGAAUUGGAUCUACAUGUCGGGAUCAAUCUUUCUAUCAGUCGCGCUUUGUUGACAUUCAUUCCAUAAGCGUGGGAGAAGUCCAACUUUUGUCAAAAGUUUACAUUUACGUUUAAGAUUAAAUUUAAGUUUUAUAUUUAAGAUUAUUUGUUUUAUUUUAUUAAGCCACCCUACUUCAGUCUUAUUUUACUAUAAGCUGCUGUGUUGAAACAGCCCUACUUACUUCUAAGUCAACAUACUGUUGAGCUGUCAUUAUAUACCAGACCAUAUUCGAAAUAGGCUGGCGUAGAAGUGCAGUUAUGUGGCAGCGUUACAUAUUAAUGCACCAGUUGUCUCCUCCUGUCCAAGUUGUUCUUCACAGGAGAUUAUUUCCUCCUUGUAGAAGAGGAUGAAGGUAUCAGAUCUCAAAUUGCACCCUAUUCCCUAUAUAGUGCACUACUUUUGACCAGGGCCCAAUGUGGGUGAUUUAUACCUUUGGAUAUUGUGUGGGGGCGAAGGUGCCUGUGACUUCAGUCGGAUGGUCGAACAGAAGCCUGGUUGGGUUUUUUUUCUCCCAUCCUGCUUCAGAGACACCUCUGCACUGAAACGUAGUUAAAACACAUACUCUGAUCAGUCUUUAUUAUACAAAGGAAUACUUGUUUGUAUUUAUUUUUUACUCUUACUGCAGCUGAAGUUAAGAGUAAGGGACUUCUGUCUCCCUUAUCCAAUAGGACAAGGUGAAUGAAAGCGGUUUUGAGAGCAUUUGCAUACGCGUCUCUCGAUAACUUGAAUUCAAUUAUUUAGUCAGGACUCUCGCCCAAGAUGCCUUAUGGAAGUAAUGUUAUGUACUUUGCACACUUAGUAGAUGCGGACAUGUCUAGAAAAAGAUGGAUGCAACGGGAGGGAAAGAAGGAGCCAGAGGUUUAGUUAACUUACAAUUGAUGUCCAAUCAAAUUAACACUCUAGGAGUGAGGGGGAAUUCUACUUUCGAGUAAUGAGAAAAAAUUGAAUUUGAAUAUUUGCUUUGGAACUGUGGUUGCGUUAUUUAAUGACUGUCUCAAUAUCUAUAUAGGAGAGCGCUAAAGUAACGGAAAGCACUUAUUUAACUCGAAAGUAAAAGGAAAAACUGUGUGCUUUGCAUCUUUGGGAUAUUCUGGAAAGUAUAAGAAGAUUCUGAGAGAUUUAGAUUACAUUUUUGCAUAAUAGUUAAACAAAUGUGAUGUUUGGCUCUGAAGAAACAAGAUUCCAGAUUAGUUAUGAACUCAUUAAUGAAAUUGUAAUAAUAUUUGUCACACUUUGGUCUACCUUUUUCAGUGCAAUUAUUUUGUGCAGUGUUAACUUCUUGAAGUCUGAAUGCCUUAAAAAAAACUGCAGCAUUUUUUCUAAGAAUGUUUUACCAACUGUAUGUACCGUAAAUAAACCAAAUUUUCUACAUGUUGAAAAGUAUGUUCUGCUGUCUGUUUUGUUGUAAUUCUGUAAUAUUUCCAUUCCUAAUUGAAUAAAAGACAAGUCAUUGUCUUACCAUUUA